UUUCAGCCAAGCUCUCUGCAAGUCACGUGCCUUCAUCAUCCUGUUUCAAUCUCCUUUCUAAAACCCUAAAUCUUUACACUUUAGUCUUUACAAUUGAUCAUCUUCUUCUUUCAUCUUCCUUUCUCUUCAAAAAUGGGCAGUGAUGAAAAAUUCAGCUUCUACAAGUUCAUUCAACCUGGCCAAACAUCUUUGGAAACAAUGAGAAUCCCCCCAAACUUCACCAAGAACUAUACAAGAAACUUACCCAAAUAUGUGACCUUGAGAGGUCCUAAUGGCAAGAUUUACCCACUUCAACUAAGGAAAGAUUCAGCUGGUUUCUCCUUUAAAGAAGAUGGGUGGGAUUCAUUUUUCAAAGACUCGGGUUUUCAAGGUGGGGAAUUCACAGUUUUCACUUAUGAUGAACCAUACUCACACUUUGAAGUGAGGAUUUUCGAUAUGAGUGGAUUGGAAAGAAUGCCAUUGAUGGGAAGGUAUGUAUUCUGACUCUCUUUCAGUUCAUGUGAAAUUUCAGAGAUGAAAGAAUGCUCUAACAGUUGAUUUAUUGUUGUUUUAAGCUGUGAUUCCAUGUCAUUGAGUGAAGAACUAGCAGUUCCUGCAAUUCCAUUGAAACAAGUUCAUCCAGAAGGCUCUA